CAUGCAUGAGACUUUACAGCAGCUAGGGCUAGCUACUCGUUGAGGUAGCGUAGCUUAGAACUAGCGCUGGCCGGUGGUGUUGGCUAGGACUAGGACGUUGCUACGACGUGCAACAGUUUCCCGUUAAGCUCCAUCAAGUUUCCUCAUUGGGCCCAUGCCAGGUGCCACCGUGUCCAUCUCCAUCUUUUAACCUUUCCGUUCCAUACAUAUCUCUCUCUAUUUCUCUGGGACAAAGGAACAAAGAGCGAGCGAGAGAGAGAGAGAGAGCAGCUCUCAAGGUCAUGGUCUUAUGGAGGACAGGAGGAGCAUGGUGGUGCUACCUAGCAAGAGCUCCCCACUAUAAAGCGCCCCCACACACCAUACCACAGCUCAGAGCUUCUUCUCAUCAUCUGGUAGAAAGAAAGAGUGAGAGUGAGGUUGGCAAGGGUAUAGGGUUCUUGGUCGAUCAAAUACCUUUCCCCUCUUGGAUUCUCAUCUUCCUGCUUCGUUCUCACCAGAUCGAUCUCACCACGUGCCUGCGUAGCAAGCCACUCUGUAUGCACCAUCACCACCAGGACCAGGCCAUGGGCGACGCGCUGUGGGACCUGCUCGGGGAGGAGAUGGCAGCGGCGGGCGGGGAGCACGGGCUGCCCCCGGGGUUUCGGUUCCACCCCACCGACGAGGAGCUGGUCACCUUCUACCUCGCCGCCAAGGUGUUCAACGGCGCCUGCUGCGGCAUCGACAUCGCCGAGGUGGACCUCAACCGGUGCGAGCCGUGGGAGCUCCCCGACGCGGCGCGCAUGGGGGAGCGCGAGUGGUACUUCUUCAGCCUCCGCGACCGCAAGUACCCCACGGGCCUCCGUACCAACCGCGCCACCGGCGCCGGAUACUGGAAGGCCACCGGGAAGGACCGCGAGGUGCUCAACGCCGCCACCGGCGCGCUCCUCGGCAUGAAGAAGACGCUCGUCUUCUACAAGGGCCGGGCGCCGCGCGGCGAGAAGACCAAGUGGGUCCUGCACGAGUACCGCCUCGACGGCGACUUCGCCGCCGCUCGCCGCCCCUGCAAGGAGGAAUGGGUCAUCUGCAGGAUACUGCACAAGGCAGGCGACCAGUAUAGCAAGCUGAUGAUGGUGAAGAGCCCCUACUACCUGCCCAUGGCGAUGGACCCUUCCAGCUUCUGCUUCCAGGAGGACCCAACCGGGCAUCCCCUCCCGAACCCUAGCGGCUGCACCCCCUUCCACCACGGCCACCCCCACCAUAGCAUGCAGCCGCCGCCUCCAUUGCCGCCGAGCAACCAUGCUGGCAAGGCCGUCUUCACCGGAGCAGCAGCAGCCUGCUGCAUGCAACAAGAGCCGGCAGACGGCAGCAACAGCGCCGUGCUGCCCAUGCCGCCGUUCCCUCCCUUCACCCCCAUCGUCGCCGGCAAGCCGGCGGCCCCGGCGCCGCCGCCCCAGGUUGUCAACGCCGGUCCACAGGAGCCACCGCCACCUACCUGGCUGGAGGCCUACCUGCAGCACACUGGUGGGAUCCUUUAUGAGAUGGGUCCAACUGCAGCGCCCAGGGGCGCGUGAUCCGGACCGUCGGUUCCUUAGGGUUACCCCCUACGUACGUACUGAAACACUGAUGAUCCAUCGAUUUACCUGGUCUGUAAUGUGCGGUGAAGCUUAGUAUUUCCAAGUGACAUAUUUCGACAAGCACUUGUAGUUAUUAAAAAAGAGUUAUCUUGUAUUCGGUGGCAUCAUUAGUCGUCGUUGUUAUGAAAUCAUGUGUGCUCAUAACAUGCAUGAAUGCAUGCAUUUGGAUCAUCGAUCAGAGCAGUCCUGAGCUUGUACGUGCUACGUACUGUGCUCAUGCAUCCAUCCACAUGCAAAGUGGUGCUUGCUAAAAUGUACUAUCCAAAUGUCUGUUUGUUUAGCAUGCAUGCAAUGAUAUAUCUA